GCAGUAAUAAAUAGAAAAUAUGUCAUGUAAGCAUUUGAUUCCCAUCCUUAUCCCAUUAUUGCCUCUCUUACAUUCUUUUUGUACCUAAUUCUGGGUUUAAAAGCUGCCUCUAGGUUACUAUUUCUUGCUUUUAACUUUGCUCUGAUCUAUAAAACAUGUUUCCAACAUAUUUGUAGAAGGGCAAACUCUGUAAACCCUAAUUGAUCCAAUUUGUCAGUAUAGCCCUAGCUUAAUGUAGAGUUCUAACCUAGUUCUAGUCCCAGCUUCAAACAUGUUUGACCCAAAAGUGUUCUUCUCGCCUAAAAAAUUCAAGGAUGUAGGCAAGGAAAAGGAAUAUUUAAUGAAAAGGUACCAAGCAAGGAAUAAUUUUAUGAAAUAAGGAAAAUAAUUUACCGAAUUUGGCUGAAAAAGUUCCCUCUGAGAUCCUUAGGAACAAAGAUGCCAAGAAUAUUAAAUCUAUCCUCAAAAUGAUCAAAGGUAAUCAAGAGAAGAGACAAACUGAGUAUCAUAGCUUAAUGAACAGAACCACCUCUUCGCGUACAAGCAAAAUGAGGACUCUUCAAUCCCCUUUUGCUAAAAGCCAUAAAAAUACUAAUUUGCAUAAUGCUAGAACUUUAUCACAAUUUGAGAGGAUUCCAAGUAAGGCUAAAAGCAAGCAAAGGAAAGUUCUUGCUUCUUCUCUCCCAAAAUUAAAUAGUAUGUUUCCGUCAGCUACCGAAGUAAAAACAGGAUUUCAGAAAUUUUAUUUUAUCAAUAACAAUUCUCCUGAACAAUUUGUACUCCAUAAUGACAAAGUGAAGAUCCAGAAUCCAGCAGAGUACUCAAGGAAUCAUACGAUGUUCUUGAAGAAUUUAUCAAUGAAUUCGAAGUUUAUGAGGAGGUCUGAGCAUUUGAAUGCUAAAAAGAAUACAUUAAAUAUCAACCUUCCUAGCGCAGACCAGGUUGAACUGAUCGAAAAAUAAGAGAAGACAGAAUGAGGAAUGCGAUAUCGUAAUCCUACCUGGUAAAGCAGUUGAGUUGACCCAUAAGAGGAAAAUUAUCAAAUCUCCUCAAUUCAACACUGAGAGAAACAUCGAGAGCAAGGAGUCUUCCGUUUCUCCAGUGAAAAUAAAACAAAAGGUUAAACCUGCCAUGUCAAAGAUGAAGGUGGUGAAAACAAGUAGACAAAGUGGGAUCAAUUUCCAUCGUUCAAAAGCAACACCCAGGAAGAAAAAUAUUAGACAAGACUCUCCUGUAAACUUCCAGAAAAGGAAGGAGUCCUCUCAUCAGCCUGAGAAGUCUAAGCAAGUGGUUAAUAAGGAUAUUUAUGAAGAUUUUGGGAAUAAAUUUCUGAGUGAUUUACCCAGCUAAAGUUCUAGCAACGAGACAAUGGUGA